AUGCUCAUGCUGCGAGUGCCCGAUCCGGGCCCCGGCGUCGGGGCGCUCAUGGCGCAGCCCGAGGCGGCGACCACGACCGGCGUGGAUCUGGCGAGCUGCGGCAGCCUAGACGAGGAGGCUGCCCAGGCUGCGGCUCUUCGGGCGCGCAGACCGUCGGGCCGCCGCGGGUCGACCUACAAGAUCAGCCGACGGAGCUUGGUCGACCUGGGUGCCCGGACGAGUCCACCGGCCGGCCCCCCCUUAACUUCGGAGACGAAGGCGUCGGUGCCGUCCCCCCCCUUAACUUUGGAGACGAAGGCGUCGGUGCCGUCGGCGGGCUCUGAGGCCGUCCCCGCUCUCCGCGCUGCCCCGGCCAGAGGAUCCGAAGGCAGCGAGAGCCCGCCCGAGCGAGUGCCGUCGCCUCACCCGCUGCUCUCGCCCUCCGAGAGCCGCCAAGAGCGCGACCACCGCGAGCAAGAGGAGAACGAAGAGGCCGAGACCCGCGCCGUGGCCACGUCCCCAGACGGGCGCUACCUCAAGUUCGACAUCGAGAUCGGCCGCGGCUCCUUCAAGACCGUCUACAAGGGGCUGGACACCGAGACGACCGUCGAGGUCGCCUGGUGCGAGCUGCAGACGCGGAAGCUGUCCAAGAUGGAGCGGCAGCGCUUCAGCGAGGAGGUGGAGAUGCUGAAGGGCCUUCAACACCCUAACAUUGUCCGUUUCUAUGACUCAUGGAAGUCUUCUGUCAAAGGACAGGUCUGCAUUGUGCUCGUCACGGAACUUAUGACCUCAGGCACCCUCAAAACAUACCUGAAGCGCUUCAAAGAGAUGAAGCUGAAAGUUCUCCAGCGCUGGAGCAGGCAGAUCCUGCGGGGGCUACACUUUCUGCACACCCGCUCCCCUCCAAUCAUCCAUCGUGACCUGAAAUGUGACAAUAUCUUCAUUACUGGUCCCACUGGCUCUGUCAAAAUUGGAGAUCUUGGUCUGGCCACACUGAAGCGUGCAUCAUUUGCCAAGAGUGUUAUAGGAACUCCAGAAUUUAUGGCUCCAGAGAUGUAUGAGGAAAAGUAUGAUGAGGCUGUGGAUGUUUAUGCUUUUGGCAUGUGCAUGCUAGAAAUGGCGACCUCGGAGUACCCCUAUUCGGAAUGCCAGAAUGCAGCUCAGAUCUAUCGCAAGGUCACCUCGGGACUGAAGCCCAAUAGUUUUGCCAAGGUGAAGGUGCCUGAGCUGAAGGAGAUCAUUGAGGGCUGCAUCCGAAUGAACAGGAAUCAGAGAUACACUAUUCAGGAUCUUCUGGAGCACUCCUUUUUCCAAGAGGACACAGGGGUCCAUGUGGAGCUGGCUGAAGAGGAUGAUGGGGUGAAGACCAACCUGAAGCUUUGGCUACGAAUGGAUGACUCGAAAAAGCUGCAUGGGAAGUACAAGGACAACAAUGCCCUAGAGUUCCAUUUUGAGCUCUAUAAGGAUGUGGCCGAGGAAGUUGCUCAGGAAAUGGUGACAUUAGGCUUUGUGUGUGAGGCAGACUACAAGCUGGUGGCUAAAGCUGUGCGUGAACGCGUCCUCGCCAUCAAGCGCCAGCGUGAGAAAGCCAAGCGAGCUCAGGAAGAGCAGAAGCGGCACAACCAGUCUCUGAAUAUGUCUCCUGAUAUCCUACAUUUGCUGGAUCUGGAUUCCCCUCCACCUCUUAGCCCUGCCCAACUCUCUACACCUGACACGCCAGGAUCUGGAGAUUCUGCACUUGGCCCAACUUUCCCCCCGGAACCAGAGGAACCGGAGGUAGACCAGCACCAACCCUUCCGCUAUCACCAUGGCUGUUCUUCUGCUGCUACAUCUGACUGCGAGACAGACGGGUACCAGAGCUCUUCUGGCUUUGUUGAUUUGCCUGAUAUUGCCUCCAGCUCAGCAUCUGCCCCAGAGCACUCCUUUGCUUCAACUAUUGCUGUGAGUCUGAACCCCAUCUCCCUCAGUGACUUCUCUUCCCCUGUGGACAGCUACCCAUCCGAUGUGGCAUCUGGCAUGAGUGAUGGCAAUGAAGGUCUCUCUGCAGGCGAGUGCAGGGGAAAACCUCUGGCCAAGCGGGGGUCUGGAAGACUCCUGCGCCGUCGGGCCCGAUCUCGCCUACGUAUCUCAAAGAUGCCAGACUGGAAUGACCGAGUGGUUGAAUGUCAACUACAAACAUAUAAUAAUAAAAUGGUGACCUUUAAAUUUGACCUGGAUGGAGACAGUCCUGAGGAAAUUGCAGCUGUCAAGGUUUCCAAAGAGUUCAUCCUAAAAUCCGAACAAGAUGGAUUCAUCCGGCGAAUCCGUGAUAUUAUCCAACGUGUGGAGACCCUCCUGCAUAAAGAUGGAUGGAACAAAGACCAGGGGACUCCAGGAAGCCCCGAGGCACAAUGUCUGUCCCCAACUUUGGCUUCUGGUGGAGUCUCAGGUGAGCUGCCACUACAAAGUCUCUCACGUUCCAUCUCUUCAUCUUCCUCUCUUAGUGAUUUUGGCUGCUCCAGCCCAGGACAGUCUGUGUUGUCUCCUGUCCAGCCUUCCUCUGUGGAUGCUACCUUUGAGAAUGAGUCUUCUAAUCCUACAGUUUCCUCACCAAGCACCCAGAGUUUUGGGAUGCCUCUGUUUCCAGUAGCAACCACAGCUGUUCCAAGUAUGCCUGGACAGCCCUGGCCAACUUACCACAUGAUGCCGAUGACUCCUGCAACUCCUCCUUAUCUUCUCACCAUUCCUCAACCAAUCCCCUCGCCAAGUCCCCUUCUCCCUCCUUUACCUAUUACCUCGACUGCUGCACCACCCACUGCCGCAGCUGUGCACGCUCCAUCUGUCCCUCUCUGGACCCCCUCCACUGCCCCUUUGUUCUCCCUUGCCAAUGUCUUCUCGCUGGCUGUGAUGAGUGUGGCUCAUUCACUCCUUCCAGCAGUGUCUGGAGCGCCUGCCCAGACUGGGCCACUCUAUACUUCUCCAGUCCCACAGUCACCAGCCACCUGCCCUCCUAGCCCAACUUCUUCAUGUUUUGUCUAUCCUGAUGUAGCAGCCCCUACCACUAGCCCUGUCCAGUUAGCCAAUGGGUCAUUUGGGCCAAUGGCAUCUCCAGGCUCCCAGCAGCCACCAGUCACCUCAGUUGCUGGGAAGCGCAAUAAUAACAUGGUGUCUCCCACCUCUCCCUGGUCUGGAUCACAAUUAAUUGUGUCAGAGUCACCAAUUUCCAGCUAUCCUUCAACUCAGCUUUCACCCAUCAACGAAGCAGAACCCAAGCCACAGAUCCUGGGGCGCUUCCAGGUGACACCAAUACAGGACGGGCCUCCAGAAACCCCCCAAACGGGCAAUGGGCCCAGCAAUCCAAGCACUUCAGACUCUGACAGUGAUUCUCCGGGUGGAACCCCCGUCCAGGAAGCAGAGGAAGGCACAACCCCUGUGGCAGAAGGAGAAGGAGAAGGGGAGACCUCCAUACACAGCCCCUCUGUCUGGAUGAACUACCUACACAGUCCUUCCUACCUGAGCACUGAUGACUCAGACAGUGCAGAUGAUGAUAUCUGGGAUGAGCUGAAGGCCUUACGCCAGAAGCAUCUUGCUGAAGUUGAAAUGCUCCAGGCCCGGCAAAAGCAAGAGACGGAAGAACUCUAUGCCCGCCUGGGCAAGGUGCCCCCUGCUGGAAUUGUGUCCCCCGCAACCAUGCUGUCCAGCCGCCAGCGCCGUCUCUCCAAGAGUGGUUUCAACCCCUUGCGGCGCAGCAGUCUGCAGCGCCUAGAUUCUGCACAACCCCAAGGGAUCAUGAGGAGGAAUUCUGUAAGCGGCGGUAGCAGCAGCACCCCCCAGGAGCAGCGACAAAGCAAGGGUGUGACAUUCGCCAGUGAAGUUGGAUGCAUGUAGCCAGACUACCUGUGGAAACUUUUAUGGACUACCUCAGCCCAUCAUGCACCGUUGAAGGAUGGGAGCAGGGUCCUUUUUAGAGCAUCUGCUUUAUGCUCCAGCUGUAAGGCCACCUAUUAUCAUCCCAUAUGGCAGUUUUCCUGCCAGAAGGAACAGAACAACCAUCUGUGAGAAAUCACACCGGCACUAAAUGAACAAGGAUCAUAGCAGCCGAUGUUACCGCCUACUUCUUUUUUCCUCACAGACUUUGGAUCUGCUGAAAGAAGCCAUGUUUUUGCGUGAUUCUGCACAUGCAGAGGCGUGUUUUUGCUGCUGCUUUGCUUCUCAUAGGAGUCCUGUUGCUGUCCUAGAGGAUCUGUUGUGCUAUGGAAUCAGAUCUUUAUGCUCAAAUUCAGAUUGAUCCAUAUGCCUGUGCAGAAAGGGUCCAUGUUAAGGUCUAGCCUGAACAGGUGUUAUUUGCCUCUCUGUGCCUUGCAUGUCUUGGUUCAUAAUGUCAGCCUUAGGCCAAAGUUAUCAGAAAUCUUGCAGUAGCUGCCUUAAGGGAGAAGCAUUCAUGAUUUGCCUCAGUAUUAGGGAGUCUGGGGCCUCUUUUCUUGCUUUUGCCUUCCAGCUGCUGUAUCUGACAGUAAUGGCACUAUGCUAGGUUGCCUCUUGCACUUUUUUGUUACCUUGCCCUGACUGCGGUAUGAACUGCUUGUGGUUCAUCCCUUUACUUGCAUGGGAAUCCACAUCUUGGAAUUACGCCGCAAUGCUUUCACCAUUGUAUAUAUUUUGUGUUUUAUAUUGAGGCAACUUUGGAAGGGAAACAGGUAUUUCAUCAAGGUACUUUUAUUAUUGUUUUUAUUUAUUAAUGUAAAAUUCCCACCAAACAAGAGUUGAAAGAAAUAGGUAACUAGUUGUGGAACAUAGUAUUUCGUAACUCCUGCCAGGAAAAAAAAAUAGCUCAGAUGAAUUUAAAGGACAUAAAUAAAGGUACUUUAAGCUGAGGAUCUUCUACAUAACCUUGUUCUUCAUGCUAUCCUCAGUUUAUAUUCUGAGCAUUCCACUGAGAGAGACGGCAGACGGAGGGCUCCUAGCUAUUCCAGCUCAUGCUGCUGCUCAACAGAUUCUUUGUGAAGUGUUGGUGCGGGGAGGUCAAUGUGAAGAGAUGACAAGAAAACAGGAGAGUUACAAAUGGAAGAUAGCUUUAUAUUAACUCCAGCAUCAGUAUGCCUUUGAACCACAGUUGCUGGGGAACACAACUAAGAAAGCACUGUUGUAUCUGUGACCGCUUUGUGAGCUUCCUGUGGCAUUCAGUUGGCCACUGUGGAAACAAUCCUGGACUGGCGAGGUGUUUAGUCAGAUCCAGUAUGGCUCUCUGUAUGUUCUUAUGACUAUUGGUCUACCUCAAAAACCUACAUAUAGAACAUAUCCUGGUAACCAGACCUAAGAGAUUUCAGCAUGACACUGAAACGUCCAAAGAUGUCCUCCUAAGGAAAUAUAUUAAGGGGGUGGGGAGAGAGAGAUUUCUUUUCUCUCAUUCUUGAUCAUAGAUAGCAAUUUUCUGUAACUGUCAAUAUCCUCAAGUUACUCUUUGUACAGUGCAAUAUUAUAUUACAAUGCCUUAACUUUACAUUUUCAUACUUUUGGUGUAUGAGAGAAUCUGUAGUUGCCUCUUUUUCCAAACAAAGAGUUUUUAAAAACUUCUACAUGUAUUUUCUCUUUAAAAAAUAAUAAUAAUGGCAGUAAAUUAACCUCUUUGUCCAAAGGGCAACAGGGAGGAGGGAGGGGAAAACUGAACUUCUGUGCUAUGCUAUAUGAAUGUUACAGAUGAUUCAGCAACCAAUAAACCAAAGUGGUAGGAGAAAAAAUGAACUGAGUGGAGGGCAACUGUCAGGAUGUUAGUAAUGGUGUAACAAAGGACCAGCACUUCUUAAAUGUAAUCCAAAAGAAACUAAUCAUUUUUUGUGUCAACAAGCUCAGCCAUUUCAGAUGGCUUGUAGUAACAAGGCAACACUACUCUGACUUUCCCUACUCUACUUUUGAAAUGCCUGUCACAUCCUUUGCAGAAACUGGGGAAGGUGCUUAGUUUUAUGCUGCUAAAAGCUGAACUGCAGACAGCUACAUAUUAGCUUUAACUGAAUGGAAAAUUCCUGUCUCUCCCUUAAGCCUCAUAGAAAAGGAUGCAUUUGACAACUGCCUGGUCUGGCUGCUGGCCAGCUACUGCUUUAAUGAUUUACUUGCCCCAAAUAGUGCUUAUAAGAGGCAAUAACAGCAACACAGCUGUAAAAACACCACACACAAAAGAUGAUGUCCUGGAACUGAACUGGCCAAAGUUUAUAAGAGUUCUUCCCUUUGUUGAUAGAACAAGUUCAGUUGAUUAUUCUGGUGAAGUCUCAGGAUUCCUGCUGGAGAAAACAGAAAU